UAUCACUGUGACGUCACGGAGCUUCAUUCUGUCAAGAUGAGGUUCGGUUCUGCGGAUGAGCGCAGAUCAGCGUGAUUACAGCGACGAGGCAGCGACAAAAUCAACCAAACCCGAGAUCUGUGACAUCAACAUUUACUAUGGAGUUAAAGAAAGCCAUUUUUGAAAGCGAAGCCACGAUGAAAACAUACGGCGCGCUGCAGGAGACACAACGGAGCAGAAACAAAGGCCAGAUGGACGUGUCCAUGGCUGAAAGCUCCUUGUCUGCAGUCGAGCUCGAGGCAGAGAUGGUUCGGAUCCAGCGUCUGCGUGAGGUUCUGGUGAGACGCGAGUCCGAGCUGCGCUUCAUGAUGGACGAUAUUCAUCUCUGCAAAGACAUUAUGAAGCUGAAGCAGGAGCUGAGGGAGAUAGUGGCAGUGCCAGAUGCAGAGAAGACUAAGAAAUAUAGUCACAGAGAAGAGAAAUUAAUCCAGGAGAUUCAUCAGCUGGUGCAGAAGAGAGAUUUCCUGGUGGAUGAUGCUGAGGUCGAGCGUCUGAGGGAGCAGGAAGAAGAUAAAGAGAUGGCCGAGUUCCUCCGACAGAAGCUCAGUGUUACACAGAGAGCUCUGAAGCCCAGAACGACUGAACCUCCAGCCAACAAACCCUCCAUCAGCAGCAGCAGCGCAGCCCUCGUGAAGGACUGCUGCGGAGCCACUCAGUGCCUCAUCAUGUGAACACCAUCACCCACAUCCAACAGAACUGAUCAGAUUAGCGGAAUUAGAUGAAUAUAAGUUUGUUGGCCGAGCAUUAAAAAGACGUUGAGCCCCUCUGUGACUCAGGAGGAGCAAGUAACAUCCACCCGAAACACAAAACCCUGCUCAGAGAAGCAUUUGUUUAUUCUUCACUUUAACGAUACGAGUCACGAAG